AUGAGUAUCCGAGUGGCUGCAGAAAAGGCGAAACUUGAAGCGCUGGAAAAGCAGAAACAGAAGGAACUGGAGGAGCAAGCGGCAAUUGAAUCGCAGAAGAUGGAAAGAGCCAACGUGCUAGCUGAAGAGAAGAUGAAGUUGGCAGCGAAGGAGAAGGCGAGAAUGGAAGCUGAGGAAGAGGCGGGGAUGGAGGAAGAGAAGAAGACGCGGGUGGAGAGGGCAAAGUUUGAGUUUGAGGAGAAGGAAAGAGCAAGGCCUGAAGCAAGAGAACCAUCGUUGUUGGAAGCAGACAAGAAGCCUCAACCAGUGGCACAAGAGAACGCAAGGCUGGAAGUAGAAGAGAAUGAGGGUGAAGAGAAUGUGAAGCUGAAUGAACAGCUAAGAUCUAGGGCUCAGGCAGAGGAAGAGCCUACGAUGAACGCCACGAAGGUAGCUGAGAGGGAAACAGAGGUGGCUGGGGUAGAUGCGGGGAAUAAAACGAAGCUAGAGGCAGAGUCGAAGAAAAAAUUGGAGAACGAUGAAGAGGAGGAAAAGCUGAAAAUAGAAAAGGAGGCGACCGAGCUGGAGGAUGAAGAAAAGACGAGGCUGAAAGGGGAGGAGAAAAAUAAGUCGAUUGCAGAGGUGGAGACUGCGAAUAAAAAGUUUAAUAUCGAAGAAGAGAAUGCACGGUUUGGGGCGGGGACGGCACAUGUGGUCGCAGAGAACGCUCAAGAGGAAGCCGAAGAAAGGUUGGCUACACUUGAUAUGGAGGAAAAAGAAAAGUUAGAAAGUGAUGAGACAGCUCGGUUUGAAUUGGCGAUGAAACAUGCAGACAAAGCAGAAGGGAAAUAUGAAAAAGGGGUAGCAGACAAAGCAAAGUUUGAAAACGUUUGGUCCAUCAAGUCUUCCGAGGAGGUAGAGAAUGCGUCGCAAGUGGUCGACAUCAUGGAGGUCACGAUCAAUAAGAUAGUGAAAGGUGCCGAGGUCGUGUCGACGUCCGAAGUGACAGAAUGUCCUGAAGUCCUAGUGAUAGACGACACAGAGGUCGAAGUCAGAAACAACGACGGUGAGGAAAAAGCUCGAACACCUGAGAGAAUUGAGACGCAUGUAGUCGCGAAUGAUUUAAUGCAUCAAAGUCCAGUUCGAUCGUCCAGCUUCGUUGAAAUUACGGUAGAGCAUCAGACACUCGCUGACGUCGUCUCAACGGCACAACACACGCAUUGGCUGUCGAUUCCGGUAAAUGCUAGUCCUGCUCUCACACGUCUUCACACGGUACUGACGGACCAUAAUCCUCUUACUGCGUAUGCCUUGUACCCUUCAAGUCCAACAUCACCUUCAUCCCAUGCAACAGAUGACGAGGAAUUGCCAGUACCUACUUCAGCGUCAGAAUUGUCUGAUAACACCAAGUAA